GAAACCAUGACUACAACCAACAAAGACGGCCCAUUUCGACAACAGUAUUUGCCCGGAGUGCAUAAGGAACCAAAUUUAGCCAUUUCUGAGUCAACCCAUUCAUCAGACUGGUAUUCAGCUACGUCAUCUGAAGAUUGCUUUCAAGCUGCCUCACAAUCAUUUUCAUCACAAAAAUCUAACGGCAAUGUGAUUACGCAGCAACCAGGAAAACUACACUGCGAAAUAUCUGAUCCAAAAUCGUGCUCUUUUGUUCCUGCAAUUUCCACAGACAAUGCACAAAUGGGUACAAGUGGCAUCAUAAAAUAUCGAUCAUAUUCCAACCCGGACUUGCUUGUUGCGAUGAGUCCGUUAGCAUAUCGGGAUGAAGCUCCACAAAGCCAGAAAAGUGUAGCAAACAGUCGACAAGACCUGACACAAACAUCUUGUGAGGUUGUAACUGUAAGUGAAACUGUCGUGAAUGCGGAUUCCAUAACAACGACAACCGUCACGAGUAGUACAACGACAACUGCCACUGCGUCACAAGAGGACUUCAUAAUGGUGGAAGCGGAACAGGACGAAACAGCCGGACUCUGCGACGCAACAAUGCCUCUCGUUGAUAAGAAAAAUAUUACAACGUCAAGUACUACAAGCUCACCUUCUCGUCAGAUAACUCCUCGUAUUGAAAAUGGAUUAAGCUUUGAAAACGUUGUUUCACUCGUGAAAAUUUUCCCGGCGUUUGUCAACAAGUUACUCAAAAAGCCAUGGUAUGCAUCACGAUGCGACGAAGUUUGUCAAUUCCCGAAGGCUGAGCUAGCUUACUAUGACAUUGUAUCGACGGAUGUCGAUGACGAGCAUUUUGUUAUCGUAGCAGGAAAAGUGACAACAGACGAACAUCUGAUGGAUAAUCAAUUCCACCUGGUUUUUGCACCAGUUGGCUUUUCUGAAGAUGUGUCUCUUGAUGAACGGCCGUUUAGUUUGUUUCGUGCAACCGACAAGAAAGAUCUCAUGGACCUUCUUCAUCUUUGCGAUGAAAAAUCAUUUCUAUUCACAUCAUUGGAUAUGUCAACCAUGAGAGCUGAUAUUCUUCGAUCGAAGAUUGAAGAGUUGGUUAUUCAGAUCAGACUAAAACCUCACUAUCACAUGAUUCACGUGGCAAUUGCAACGGAUCGUUUGGACUUCUUUUCCGACGGGAUGAUCAAAACAAUGAAUGAAACUCUUGAGCCAUUUGAAAGUCAACUGCGAUGCCUUUGCCACACCGAGAACUGCUAUCCAGUACAUUUGGCUCUUACAAUGGACAGACAAAAAAUUGUAGAGAGACUACUGGAAUUAGACCCAACAUUGUUUUGUGAAACGGAUAAAGCAGGGAACAAUGUGUGGCAUCAUGUGAAUAGCAGCUUUUGUGCACAGAUCAUUUGGGAUAGAUGCCCGGCGUCACAACACUUCAUAGACGAGCGUAACAUGGAUGGUCAAAGCCCGUUGAAUGAGGCUGUCAGCACUGCCAAGCCACUCGUUGCAACCUUCCUCAUAGGAAAAGGCGCCAAAUUCACUCGCGGUGAUCGUAAUGAAUUGUUCGUAGCAAUGACGUCCAAGAAUGCGCAAAGCGUUGUAGAAGUCGUGCUGACUGACAAACCAGAAAUCGCAAAUGAACGGGACGCGCUCGGUAAUAGUGCAAUUCACGUGGCUUUGUACAAAGAGUCAUUGAAUGCAUUGCUCAAUAGGAAAGUGGAAUUGGGAUUGGAUAUCGAUGUGAAGAAUAAUGCAGGAGAAACUGCAUUAUUGUUAUUUAUCACUACCAGAAAGCCUGAUUUACUCCCACUUCUCGUCACACUUUAUGCCCACGGAGCAAAUAUGAAUGCAACGGAUCCACAUGGCAACACCGCACUUCACAAAUCAGCAGCUCUUGUUGACGCGAAAAAGAUCAGCCUUGAGUGUGUAAAGUUUCUCAUUUCGGCGGGUUCAAAUCCAAAUAAAAUCAAUCUGAGAGGCGAAUCUCCCAGACAUUUGGCUGCUUCCCUUCAAAAUCAGGAAAUGUUAGCAAUUUUGAAAGCUGCUGGAGCUACUCGUUGUCCAAAAGGCUACAAAGGAUGUAGAAGUAACUGUCGUCAUGAUUGUUCUUCGGCCGAAGACGAAUAUGAAGAGACUCUACAAAAAAUUCGCAUUGGGAAUGAAAGUGAUUACGAGAAGACUGAAUUCACAGCCUCUGAGAAAUUAAACAUUCAAGACACCCUUGAUGGAAGUCGGCGAGGAAAGAAAGCCAAAGUAAACUUGAUCUCAAUGGACGGAGGCGGAAUCCGUGGUUUGGUAAUCAUACAGACAUUGAUUGCCAUAGAAGAAAGACUCGGAGAUGAUAUUUUCAAGUAUUUCGACUGGUCUGCCGGAACAUCGACUGGAUCUUUAAUUAUGGCUGGUCUGGCGACUGGCAAAAGUCUACGCGAGAUGCAACAGACUUAUCUUCUUUUGAAGGAUAGAGUGUUUGAUGGAAUCAUGCCCCCAUAUGAUACAGUUCAGCUCGAAAAGUUUAUACAAGAUCAGUUUGGAACUGGAACUGUCUGGGAAAUUCCAUAUCCAAGACUGAUGAUUAGUGCAGUGAAUUCUGAGAAGCUUCCAGUUCGGCUUGAAAUGGCUCGUAAUUAUAAACCAGCUAAAGAUGUUGCACCUGAGACACCGAAAGAAAUGCCUUUGUGGAUGGCACUUCGUCGAUCAACUGCGGCGCCAGUUCUGUUCAAACCCUCAGAAGACCGGUACAUAGACGGUGGAAUAAUCUCCAAUAACCCUGCAUUGGAUUUGAUGAGCGAAGUUCACGCCUACAACAGAGAACUUCAGCUUUCUGGAAGAAAAUCAGACGCAGUUCAAAUGAACGUUCUUGUAUCGUUUGGAACAGGGCAGAUUCCAAGCACAGUGAUCGAAACCUUGUCCAUUGACAGUAACUCACCACUACAAUCCAUAAAAACUAUUAAGAAUCUGGCAGCAAUGUUUAUCGAUCAAGCGACUGCGUCAGAAGGUGCACCGGUGGCAAGAUCCAGGCAAUGGGCAGACUCUUUGGAAAUCCCUUUCUUCAGAUUCUCCGCACCAUUAUCAAAAAAUAUAUUUCUUUCUUCAACUAGCGAUUUGGAUGUAUGCACAAUGAUGUGGGAUUCAUUCAUCUACUGUCGAAAGCAUCGCGAUUAUAUUGAUGAGCUUGUAAAAGUGCUCAAGCACGACACCGACCACCCGCACGUCAAAACACCAUUCACAGAUCUCUAAUUAUUAGAUUUCAUGUCAUAAACAGAUUUGAUAGACCUCCAGCAUUUGUGUGUACAAAUUGUAUAUUUCAGUUGUGUAUAAUAAUGUACUUUGCAAAAUUGAUUAGCUGAUAUGUGUUAUCAUUUUUCCCCUCAUAAUCUCCUACCCCAGUUUUACUCUGAUUUCCCUGUUGAUCUUCCUAUGGAAUACCGGCACUUUUAUCAAAAUUUUAGAUUUGUUUUAUUGCUUUAAACGCCAAACCGCUCUCCUUUUCGCUCAAACUCGCGCUACCCUAUUUUGUUGUGUCAAUUUGUGACUGUCAUCAGUUGGUUCUCUCUUCUUUCUACUCUCUGAAUCAAAGUCUACCAGUAUGAUAAUUCACUUUUCAAUAUUUUUUCAUGCAUUUAUAUCUAUGAGUUGAAUGAAUUGGGCUUUAAUAAAUAAUUGGGAUC